UUGAGGCUCUAGGCGACGGCUGCACCUUCUCUUCCCCUCACUCCCAUUGAUGUUAUUUGUAUGUGCGCUUGAUUUCAGUAUAAUUUUGGUGCGGUUACAAAGAAAAUGACUUUGAAGAGUCGAUUGGAAUAUUUUCCAGGGUUUGGGUUUUGGUUGAUCCGAAUUUUUUGGGGAAAAAUUGAAAAAACAAAGGAACCCUAGUUUUUUCUACUAGGAGUAGUAUUUUUGUAGUGAUAGAAUUCCAAUUGCUGUCACAAUAACAAGAAAGUUUGUUCAUUCAUUCAUCAAAUCAGUGAUCCAAUUUUGAAUUUUGAGUGAGUUUGGAGUGAUGGAGACAACAAAUUUUGUACCACCACCAAUUGAUGAUGAAAGGAGUGCUGAGAAUAGAGGAAGUAUGUGUGAUUUGGACCAGAAACUUGAUCAACCCACGGAAGGUGGAAGGCUCAACAAUAUGUACAGAGAAAAGGUCUGAUUCCCCUCCAUCUUAUCUUUCUUGUUCUUUAUUAACCUCUGCAGAUUUACAUUUGACCAUUUGGAGAUACUUUGGAUCCAAUCGCUAGUCUAAGAAACGGAAGACAAAUUAGGUGGAGUUCCACCACUCAACCUAGAAAAUAACUCAGACCUGUGUGAAGAAUUAAUAAAACGUUACGGAAAAUCAGGAGCAAAACGACACAAACGUCUCUGCGCAUCAGCUUCAGCUAUGAGAAAAGUCCUCGAAAAAGAAGGUCAACGUCUAACUCCACUCUCUUAUUUCGCCGCUACUAUGUCUGCUAUACAGGACAGAAUCAAUUUCUUCUCCUCAUCAUCUUCAUCUAACACUAGAAAAUAUUUUUCUUCACCGACUGCACUUACUUCUUUUCUAUCAAUAUUACUUCCUUUCAUUCCUUCACAAUCGCUGCCCUCUGCAAAAGCGAAUGAUGCUGUUAGUGUUCUUGUUUCGUUGUUGAAAAUACCUGAAGUCGCACAAUCACAAGCUACGAUUCGUCCUGUGAUUAAAUCGUUAGGGUUUUUGAUUAAACUUUGUGAUUUGGAACAUUGGAAGUUUGCUCAGUCGGUUUUCGAGAUGAUUUUGGAGUUUUCGAUUGAUAAACGGCCGAAAGUAAGAAAAUGUGCACAAGUGCGUGUUGAGGAGAUUUAUAAGGCUGUUCAAUGUACAAAUGUUGUGAAAGAGGCGAGCGAGUUGUUUGGGUUGAUGUUUGAUAAGUACUUGCCAUUUGCAAUAACUAUAGCGCUGUGUGUGGCUGAAAUUACAGAGGAUUCAGAAAGGGCGGAGGAGUUGAAGUUGAUGGAGUCUGUACAUAUGCUAAGGGUGCUUAAGCGUAUUUUGCCAUAUCUGUCAAAGGAUGUUGUUUGGAAAGUCAUGUCCCAGAUACAUAAGAUCAUGGGUUCAAAGUGUUCACUGCUUACUAGACGUAUUUUUGCUGUUCUUGAAGCGAAGCCAUUUUGGAUAGGGAGGAGGAAAUUAUUGUUCCAGAGAGUGUUAUCUUUGCGCUUGGGAAGUAUGCAUCGACGAAAGAGAAUAAUAACCCGGUUGAUACAGUGUUGCGUGCAUGUGUUUUGUCAAAGAGGUGUAUUGACAAACUUCAUGUUGAUGCUGAUAAACGGAUCAUUUGGGUAGCAAAUCUGCAUUUAGUGUUUGGGCCUAUAGCUGAUGUUGUAUGUGCUGGGAUUAGUGUUUCUGGACAAGCUGCUGGUGUAUUAAAAGAAUUGGUAGAUCAAUAUAUUGGUGAUGACCUAAAGAUUUCUGUGUCUAAUAAAGUCAAGACUAUUUCAGUAUCUGAAUCUCUCAUGAAAGUACGAGAAUCUAGAGCGCUGAAACUGGUUUGUGAUGCCACUAAAAUAAUGCUGCUUACCAACUCUGAUGGAGCCCUUGAUAAGAAUAUCUUGUCAGUAAUAUCACAUAUGUUCCUCAAGCUCGGUCAGUUAUCGUACCUCUAUCUGAAAGAUGUUGUCCAUGAACUUGCGAAACUACCAAGGAUUGCAAACGGAGAUUUGACCGGGACAAAGUGCGUGUACCUUGAAGAGUGCUUCGGGUCUGCUGUCAUUGCUAUGGGAGCGGAGAAGAUCCUGACAUUACUACCUGUUGUUUCCUUUGAAAAAGAAGAGCUCACCAGUUUAAAUAUAUGGAUUCUGCCAAUUUUGAGGAAGUACGUUGUUGGAUCAUCACUGGGAUAUUAUAUGGAGCACAUUAUUCCCCUAUUGCAACCUCUCCAGCAAGCCUGUAAGACAGCUGCAGAGCUGCAGGCUGCCACCCGUGCAUUUUGGGACUUGCUACCUGCUUUCUGUUACUAUCCUACAGAUACUCACAUAAAAUUUGACUCUCUGGCCAAAAAGCUUUUACUUCUUAUGGAAGAGGACUCCAUGCAUGAAAAUGUAUGCUUAGCUCUGCAGCAACUUGUGAACCAAAAUAAAAGUAUCGUUGAAUCUACUCAAGGCAUAGAAGACUCCUUUAAACAUUCAACUACUUGCGCCAUUAAUGAGUCAACAACAGGAUCUCAAACGGUACCCUCUCACUACACCGUGAAAGUUGCAAAAAGAAACAUCAAGGCUUUGGCAUCAUGCUCUGUUGUUUUGCUUCAGGCUCUUACUGAUGUAUUUCCUAAUUCUCCGCUGGAGAAGCGCAAAUAUUUGAAGGAGACAAUUGGAUGCUUGGCAUCUAUAACUGAUAUCAUAGAAGUAAAAAAGUUUUCUAUUUCGUUAUUAGCAGGGGAAUUGGAGAAUCAAGGGGGAAACAGGAAGGUGGACGAGCAAGGAGCACAAAGGUGCGUGAUAAUGGAGUUUGCAUCAGCACUUGGUUUAGGAGCUAGUGAGGAUCUUGUUUAUAUAAUUCUCGACUGCAUUACACCUGCAUUGCUAGAUGAUGAAACUUACAGCAAAUUUUUUGAGGAGCAUACUUGCUUUUACUCAUCCAGAUUUGUCGAAAUGAUGAGUCACUUGCUUGGUCUCAAGUUAUCUGAUGUUAUCAUGGGUCUAAGAAGGCGCUUUGCAUGUUUGCACACUUUGGUUGUGUACUUAUUAAAGAGUGAUUCAGAAAUGAUAUGUGCUAAGUCUUUUAUAAUUCUCAAGGAAAUUAUACUUGCAUUGAAGGAUUCCGAGAAAGGCGCAAGAAAAGCAGCUUACAACGUGCUUUUGGAGAUAAGCUGCAGCUUGAAAAGUUUUUCCUCUCCAAAUCUUGAGUCACCUCAUAUGAAACUUCUUAAUAUGAUAUCACUCCAUCUUUCUGGUGCAAUUACUACUUCCACAAUCAGUGGAGCAGUUGCAGCUCUUUCACUGCUGAUAUACAACGAGAGCGACAUUUGUGCUUCCGCACCUGAAGUAGUCCCAUCUGUUUUAUCUUUGCUGAAAAGCAAAGCCAAGGAAGUCAUAAAAGCAGUCCUGGGCUUUUUGGAAGUUCUCGUGUUCUCUUUGCUGGCAAGCGACCUGCAAAAUCUUCUGCCUCAUAUUGUUUAGGGAAUCCUAAGGUCAUCUAUGUCGAGAAGUCAUUGCAGAAAAAAGGUUAGGGUCAUACUGGAAAUUCUUAUACGGAAAUGUGGUGCUUCAGCAGUUGAGGUAGAUGUUCCAGAAAAAUAUAUGGACUAUUUCAAGACCGUCAAGGAGCAAUAUUCGAGAAAGAAGAGCUCUGACAAAGGUGAGAGUCUGGACGUUUCCUCUACAACUGGGACGCGUAAGAGGACAUAUGGAGAGUUAUCUGUUGAAGGUGAUGAAACUAAAUCUGGGAAAUCUAAGAACGAGACACCAAGGAAAAGACGUAAAUUCAACACUUCCAACAGAAAUAACUUUGACAAAGCUUUUGGAAGGGGACACCAUUUUUUCCAGCAACCUUUGACCCCAAAGCAGGUCUGUUAGCAGGGCCAUGCCCAGAAAGCCAAAUCUGAUACGAAGUAUUUAGUUGAUGACCUUGGGGAUUUUGAUUGUUAACCAUAUCAAAAGCUUUUACUGUUUCUCUUUUGUAAUUCAGUUACACUAAUUACCUUCUUAUUGCUAGUAUAUAAAAAGGAAUAUGCAAGCACUAGUAUAUAAAAAGGACAAUAUCUUUAAAAACAAUGUCAUGGGAUGGGACCCAAAAGAAUUGGAUCAUGGUAGAAGAACAUUUGGGUCAUUAUUCAAAACUGCAACUGGUGGUUUUGCAGAUGGGUUUUUGGUGGCUUUAUUAUACAUGAUGAGUUGGCUGAGGCGGAGACAUCGGAGAGCUCAGCUGGAGAUGAAGGACCGGUUGAUCUUUCUUGUUGAACAGGCGGAUGAGAAACUUAGUCAGCUGUUGAACCCAAUUGUCCAAAUGAACUAGUUCUUAUCCUUGCCCAACAAAGUACGUGUGUCUGCUGACGCACACCGCCUGCCUGAUCCACACAAGCAGGAAAGAGUAUUCGACGCGGGGAAGUCCUACUUCUCCUCACUGUUGUGAUUAAGUUUGUUGUGCUAGAAGGCCGCUUCCCCAAAUUUGUCACUGCAACGGUGCAACCCUCAUUAUAACAAUCUAAUUCAUCACCUCCACAGAUCUUUAAUUUAAAGGAAGUUUUGAUGAAGAGAUUGGAUUUAAGGUUUUACGUUUUAUGGUCGAAAUCUGUACGAAUUGGAUCAUCAGUUCGUGGUAGAAGAAAAUUUGGGGUGUCAUUUUUCAAAACUGUAACUGGUGGUUUUGCAGCUGGGUUUUUGUUGGCUUUAUUGUACAUGACUUGGCAGAGGCCGCGAUGUCGGAGAGCUUAGAUUUGUAGGUUGCUGAUUACUUUGAUCCACGGAUGGCAUAGCCGCCGCGAAAGUAAUUCAGGUGCUAUGCUAUGAAUUUGAGCCGGUUUAUUGUUUAGACUUUAGACUUGAGUUUGCUGAGUAAAGAAUUUAUGGAUUCGUCAGCAAUGGGGCGAAGUGGAAUUGAGUGUUAUAUCACUUAGUGACACUGCAAUAUCUUUCCGACUGAGACAGUUGUUGUGUUUUAAAGACGGCUGCAUAAUUGUAGAAAUAUAUUCUCUUGAAUGUUAA